AUGGCUAGACCUGCCCCCCACCCUGCCUCGAUGCUGCUCCUCGCCCUCCUGGGGCUCCUGGAGCUGAGCCAGGCAGGCUCCCUGGCACCCGGAACCCCAGCCCGGAACCUCCCUGAGAAUCACAUCCACCUCUCGGACCCAGCAUUGUGGACACCUCAGACCAGCCACCAUCACCGGCGGGGCCCAAGCAAGAAGGAGCAGGGGCCAGGCAUGUCCAGCUGGGCCCAGGAUGGGGCUGUGGUCACUGCCACCAGGCAGGCCUCCAGGUUGCCAGGGACAAGGGCUCUGUCAGCAGGGCAGAGUCCUGCAGGCCUGCUGAGGGACAAAGACCUGCUCCUGGGGCUCGCACUGCCCUACCCUGAGAAGGAGAGCAGGUCUCCAGGGUCAGAGAGGGUGAAGAAACACGGCAGGGAGCACAAGAGACGCAGGGAGAGGUUGAAACUGCACCGAGGCCGAGCUUUGGUCCGAGGCCCCAGCUCCCUGAUGAAGAAGGCAGAGCUCUCCGGAGACCCGGCACCAGAUGCCACGAUGGAGGAGUCCUCCACCAGCCUGGCCCCCACCAUGCUAUUCCUGACCACCUUUGAGGUGGCACCUGCCACAGAAGAGUCCCUGAUCCUGCCUGUCACUUCCCUGCAGCCCCAGCAAGUGCUGCCCAGGCCUGGUGGGGAAGUGAUGCCCACGCUGGACAUGACCUUGUUCGACUGGACCGAUUAUGAAGACUUGAAACUGGAGGUCUGGCCCUCUGCAAAGAAGAAAGAGAGACACCGGAGUAAACCCUCCAGCGGUGGUAACGAGACGUCCCCUGCUGAAGGGGAACCGUGUGAUCAUCACCAGGACUGCCUGCCAGGGGCCUGCUGCGACCUGCGGGAGCACCUCUGCACGCCCCACAACCGAGGCCUCAACAACAAGUGCUUCGACGACUGCAUGUGCGUGGAAGGACUGCGCUGCUACGCCAAAUUCCACCGGAACCGCAGGGUCACACGGAGGAAGGGGCGCUGCGUGGAGCCCGAGACGGCCAACGGCGACCAGGGCUCCUUUAUCAACGUCUAG